AUGGCCCUGGUAACGCUGCAGCGCUCCCCCACCCCGAGUGCAGCAUCCACUGCCAGCACCGGCGCCAGCACCGCGGGGGAGGAUUUGGGGAGCGACGAUGACCGAAAGGCCAACCAAAGCCUCAGUGAGAGCUUCUUCAUGGUCAAAGGGGCAGCGCUGUUUCUCCAGCAGGGCGGCAACAGCAACACACAGGCGCCCAGAACCCCAACGCACCACAAACACGCAGGUGACUUACCACAACACCUGCAGGUAAUGAUCAACACCCUUCGCUCGGAGGAUCGUAUUAAGCUGGCUGUCAGGUUGGAAAGUGUCUGGUCUGAUCGUGUGCGAUACAUGGUCGUUGUUUACACAAAUGGGAGGCAAGAUACGGAAGAAAACAUUCUUUUAGGCAUGGAUUUCACAAACAAGGACAGCAAAAGUUGUUCGAUUGGGAUGGUUUUGCCUUUGUGGAGUGACACCAGUAUACACUUGGAUGGUGAUGGAGGCUUCAGUGUGAACACAGCUGGACGCUUGCACGUCUUCAAACCGGUGUCUGUCCAGGCCAUGUGGUCCGCCCUGCAGGUCUUACACAAAGCCUGCGAGGUGUCGCGCAGGUACAACUACUUCCCCGGCGGGAUGGCGCUCACCUGGACGGGCUACUACGAGAGCUGCAUCUCCUCGGAGCAGAGCUGCAUCAACGAGUGGAACGCCAUGAGCGACCUGGAGACCACCCGGCCCGACUCACCCACCAUGUUCACUGACAGGCCGACGGAGAGAGAGCGAACCGAGUGUCUUAUCAAGUCCAAAUUGCGCAGUGUCAUGAUGUUCCAAGAUCUGGAGAAUGUCACCUCAAAGGAGAUUCGCAACGAGUUAGAACAAAAUAUGAGCUGCAACCUCAAGGAGUACAAGGAGUUCAUCGACAACGAGAUGUUACUCAUCCUAGGCCAGAUGGACAAAGCCACACUUAUAUUCGACCAUCUCUACUUGGGCUCUGAGUGGAAUGCUUCUAAUCUGGAAGAGCUGCGAGACUUGGGGGUGGGAUACAUCCUCAAUGUCACCAGGGAGAUUGACAACUUCUUCCCCGGCACAUUUGCAUAUCAUAAUGUACGAGUUUACGACGAGGAGGCAACUGAUCUGCUGGCUCAUUGGAACGACACCUACAACUUCAUUGUCAGAGCCAAGAAAAAUCAGUCCAAGUGUCUGGUACACUGUAAAAUGGGCGUGAGUCGAUCAGCUUCGACGGUGAUUGCUUACGCCAUGAAGGAGUACGGCUGGUCCCUUGAGAAGGCGUUCAACUUUGUCAAACAGAAGAGGAGCAUCGCCUGCCCCAACUCUGGCUUCAUGAGACAACUGGCAGAGUACGAGGGCAUCCUGGAUGCCAGCAAACAAAGGCACAAUAAGCUGUGGCAUCCUGAGGGAGGGGGUGAUGAGAUGCCUGAGGGAGGAGGAGGAGGAGGAGGAGGAGGAGGUGCGGUGGAGAUGGCGCCCCUGGACCAGCUCAACUACAACUACUACUUCCGCCGGCUCUCGGACACGGCUCUGGACAGCGAGCCCUCGACGCCGGUGCGCGGCCCGCCGCUCCUGGGCCUGGACCGCGUCUUCAUCGAGAUCGAGGACGUGGAGCGCGACGCGCUGCUGGACGACGACGGCUUCCCCGCGCCCACGCUGGGCCCGCCGCUCGGCGAGGGCACGGCGGCGCAGACCUGCGGCCGGCUGGAGCCCCUGGAGGACAUGCGCCUGCGGCUGGAGUUCAGCACGGUGGAGGAGGAGGACGAGGAGGAGGCGCAGAAGGAGGAGGCCGAGAUGGCGGCGUUCGCCAGCGGCGCGGCGGGCGAGGAUGGCGGCGGCGGCGCCGUGUCUCGGUCGGCGUCGGGGACCUCGCUGUCCAACCUGAACCGCUUCAACAACGAGAAUGCCAAUAACAGUAAUCGCCUCGCCAACAAGCGCAGCUGCCCACCCACCUUUGACGACAGUGCUAGCAUCAGAAACCCUUACAAGGUGAAGCCCUCUUACCAGUCGUGCCGGGACUGCCUGCGUCUGCCGUCGAAUCGGCGCUGCGAGCGCUUGGCCGGGGGACGCACCCACCGCCUUAACCCCCCACGCCACUCCGCGCUUCCCACCAUCUCCAUCGAGCCCCCGCGGGCAUCGGCGGCCAACCCCUUCGUCCCUUCGGCCGCGCGCCCCUCCUCCUCCUCCUCCUCCUCCUCUGCCCACAUGCUUCAGAUCCCGUCGGCCAGCUCCCGUGCCCCUCCUGCCCAGCCCCCCUGCAGCCACUUGUGUCGCUGUGGCCGGUGCCCUCGCUGUGCCAGUCGCGCGCUCCCCGGAAUGGCCCCUCUGCCGAUGGCGAGCCUGGAGGCGUACCGUCAGCAGCUGGUGUCGCCCAUGAGCUGCGAGGAGCUCCAGCGGGACCUGCAGUGCCCCCUGGAGGCGGAGGACCUGGAGGAGCUGCAGGAGGAAGAGGAAGAGGAGGAGGCGGAAGAGAAGCGGAGAGGAAGGCAAGGAGGAGGAGCGGCGGCAGCGGCGGCGGCGGCUAGCACAGGGGCCAUCAGCGAGCUGACGCUGCUCCAGCUGAGUCUGGACAGCGGAGAGAGGCCCGUCGUGGAGCUGCACCAGGAGGCCCUGUCUCUGGGGCCAGCCGCGAAGCUGCACCAGGAGGCCCUCGCGUUGACGCCAGCGGCGGAGCUGCAUCAGAAGGACUCGUCGGGACACGCGGCGCUGACCACUGGCCUGGUGCGGCAGCGUCUGGAGCAGCUCUCCAGCCUGCCUCUAGAGGACGCCCUCCCCCGAGGGCCCCAGCCCGAGCUGAUGGACGUCGUCAGGACUGGGGAGCAGACAGCGCCCCCUGGGCCUGUGGAGGAGAUGGAAGUGGACGCCGGCAGUGGCAGCGUCAGCGUCAGCGUCGGCAGUGCCCAAGCUUUGGAGACUCCGAUUUUUUCACCGGGCGGAGCGCUCCUGCCCUCCUCUCCCCUCGGGUGCUCCCUGACCCGCAGCUCCAGCAGCGACAGCCUCGCCAGCCUCGCCAGCGUGCGGGGCGGUCAGCCGGGGCUGGUGAGGCAGCGGGCGCAGGAGAUCGAGGCGCGCAUGCGGCUCGCGGGGCUCACCAUCCCCUCCCCCCUCAAACGCUCCAACUCCCUGGCCAAGCUGGGAGACCUCACCCUCUCCACCCAGGACCUCUCCUCGCCCCCCUCCUCCCAGCUGUCCGACUCCAGCGGCCCUGCUCUCCGCCCCAUUCUGGCCAAGUCCCAUUCUGGGGUACCUCAAAGCUGA